AUGGAAAUGGCUUCAAGCCCUCGAACUGUAGAGGAGAUCUUCAAAGAUUUCAGUGCUAGAAGAGCUGCUGUUGUUCGUGCUUUAACUUAUGAUGUGGAUGAUUUUUAUGGACUCUGUGAUCCAGAUAAGGAGAAUUUGUGUUUGUAUGGACAUCCAAAUGAAACAUGGGAAGUAACCCUGCCGGCAGAAGAAGUUCCGCCGGAGCUUCCUGAACCAGCCCUUGGAAUUAAUUUUGCCAGAGAUGGAAUGAACAGAAAAGACUGGCUUUCACUGGUUGCUGUGCACAGUGAUUCAUGGUUGCUUUCUGUGGCUUUCUAUCUCGGUGCUCGUCUUAAUCGGAAUGAAAGGAAACGACUAUUCAGCUUGAUCAAUGAUCUGCCUACUGUCUUCGAAGUUGUAACAGAAAGGAAGCCUGUGAAAGAAAAGCCUAGUGUAGAUAGUGGAAGCAAAUCUCGGGGCAGCAUAAAGAGAUCAAGCGAUGGACAAAUGAAAAGCAACCCUAAGCUUACAGAAGAUAGUUAUGAGGAUGAAGAAGAUGAACAUACUGAAACUCUAUGCGGGAGCUGUGGUGGAAAUUACAAUGCCGACGAAUUCUGGAUUGGCUGCGAUGUCUGUGAGAGGUGGUACCAUGGAAAAUGCGUGAAGAUAACACCUGCGAAGGCUGAGAGUAUUAAGCAAUACAAGUGUCCAUCUUGUAUGAAGAGGAGCCGGCCAUAG